AUGAAGAAGACCCAAUACCCAUCUGCCCCGGACUCCGGUGAAUGGGCUGCCUGCCCCGGGCAAGACAACCCGAGCACUCAGUGCAUUGUUGGCGAUGUCCCUGAGAUCUGGGAUGGUGACGAAUCUGACCACGAUGGGCCAUAUAAUGGUGUUGAGACUGGGAUGCUGAACUGGCACGACUUCGCCUGA